GUUGGGGUGCAAAACGAGGCACGGGGAAGGCCUCCACACUCAUAUGUACGGAUUCCCCUGCCCGGCCUUGUUUCCCGGCCUUCAUGCUUCGUGGGUGGAGGCUGUGAAGAGGCAGGGUUUCUCCCCUGGGAAUGGGGCUCGAAUCUGUUCCAUCCACUUCAAGGAUGAGGAUUUUGACAGCUCGGAUCUCCUCAGGUGUCGAUUGAUGCCUCACGAGAGGCAUCGGGCGCCGAGGCUCAUGCCCAGUGCUGUUCCUUCCCUCCAUAUCGCUCAGGAUCCGCGCGCGUUCCUCGCGCACUUUGGGUUUACGCUUUGGAACACUGAAGUGAUGGGAAUGCCCAUCGAAGGUGAUCUGGAGACAAUGGAGAAAUCUCAAGACAGCCCUGAUUCUGCGCUGGAUUCUAUUGGACAGCAGGUUCAAGAGCCCAAGGAAAAUGGUGAGGAGGAGAGCCCAAAGGAGGCAGAGGAGGGAGAAAAUGAAGCUGAGAAGGCCAUCUCUGAGUCAUCAGCCUCCCCUGCCAGCAAGAAUGAUAAGUUGACAGAGCCAAAGGAACCAGAAACAGGAGAGAAUAGAGUGGAAGAUGGGGAUGUAGAGAGGAAAGGAAGUGAAGAAGAAGAGGAAGAGGAGGAAGGCAGUGGAGGAGGUGGAGGAGGACAAGGAUCACAUGAGGAUGAUGAACCAGGAGAUGGGGAAGUUGUUCAAAAAGAUGUUGAAGGGGACAGUGAUAGUCAAGGUUCUAUGACAUUGAAGGACUCUGAGUGCCAGGUGUCGACAAGUGAAGCUGGGAACCUGGGGAAGCGUCCACUGGAUGAAAACUCUUCUUCAGCUUCAUCAGAACCCAAACGCCCUCGACUGGCAAGCCCCAUACCAGAAGAGCUCCCACAAGUCAAAGACAUGGACACCUUGGAGAACCUCAUGCAUUCUGUUCGCAAGGAGAUACGUGACCUGGAUACCCAAGUGAAGGAAAAGGAACGGGAAUGGAACUAUUUGAUUCAUCUGAAGAAACGAAAGGAGGAAUACUAUCUACGACUGAAACGAAAGAAAGCUGUGGAAGCAAUGCAGACCAAGUCUUCGUCGGAUAAAGAACUCUUAUCAUUGCUUCAAGGCCCUUCAGGAAAACCAUCAAGUACGACGUCUCCGUUGUUGAGUGCUGAGCUGCGACGGUGUGACCCAGUCUCCAGUCGGUCUGCUUCUGAGUCACUGUUGAGUGCUGAGUUGCGACGGGAUGCCUCAAUGCCACGGGUUCUCACACUGAACCCAGAGAGCCUCUACACGACAAAGCCACGUGUGAAUUUGGAGGCAGAGCAGCGUAUGUUGUUGCAUGAGGCCUUGUAUGCAUCAAAGCCCAAAGUGAGUGUGGAUUCUCUGAUAGCAGAGCACCGUGCGCGGAACCCUCAUCCGCCAGAGUUGCGGGGGAAACGUCCUCGAAUGCGGGAGAAUCCAGACAAGCACUCCCCAGAAGUGGAGAUCCUUGUUGAGCCUUCCAGUUCUAAAGUGAUCGGAAGCAAAGAAGUUUCUUCUUCCUCAGCAGCAGGAAGUGGAGAAUCCUCUUCAUCUUCAUCGACCAAGGUUCUGUAUCGUGAUAUGUUGGUACAUUUGGCCAAGAUGAGUGAAGGGAAGUCAUGUGUUCCCCUAGCUAGACCAGGCCCUACUCCAAGUUCAUCCACACCUCGCCUAAACAGUGCUGCUGACUCCCUCCAGAACAUAUCCUUGAAGUCUCUUCUUGAUGAUACCAGGAAAGGCAAAGGGAAGGAGGGCUCAAACAAAGUGGGAGAGUCACAGCCCCAACCCAAGUGUCAGGGUUGCAAAAGGAGUGCAGCUCAGUUUGUCUGUGCUGGAUGCAAUCGGCAGUGGUACUGCUCUCGAGAGUGCCAGGUGAAUGACUGGGACGAACAUGCAGAAGUGUGUAGUGGCUGAAGAAACUGGCAUCGGCUCGACUUGUUCAGUCUCAUCGGUCUUCCACAGAUGAGCAAAGAAACUGCUCUCUUCAGAUCCUGGAUAUUCAUCCCUUGAGUUAUGAUCUUGAUCUAGGAUAAAGGGCUGCAUUGAGGAAUUGAAUUCUGCUGAUGUCCAUGACCAUUGAAAUGCAGUUUCAGUUACAGGUGUUGAAGCAAAAUAAUCUUGAGUAUCUUUGAUGGGAUGAAUCCUUAUAAGAAAGGAUUUUGAUUUAGUCAUCUCUGUAUCUCCCAAUCCCUAAUGGUGCCCAUUUCACAACUGUACAGAGAAUCACAUCUUACAGUAUUAUUAGAAUUCAAUGCCUAUGCCUUCAUGGAGAGGAGAGAAGAAAAGGGAAGUUUUUAUUUAUGAAGUCAGAUAUAAUUAUUAUCCAUAUGAUUUACAUGAGAAUAAGGGAAACCCUGUGUGCCAUUUCUGGUCACUGUCUGGCGCUUGUUGUGUAAUUAUGUGUCAAAAGUAAAGAAGGGGGUGACAUCACUUGUGUUCUGUUAACCAUGUUUUGUUUUGUUGAUGGAUCCAGAUCUCAUGACUCUCCAGUGAUGGGAAUAAAUAUGGGACAGUGUUUAUGCC